UGCCCGUCUCUGGAGUUCGUCGUGGACGAAAAGAAGGGGAUCCGUGUGUGUGCGUGUCUUGCAAUUUGCAUACGCCUGUUCGUUAUCGCGACCGUUUCGGAACUCUCGAGUCAUCCAGACGGCUCGUGCAGCGUUUCCACGCUGGUCGAUCGACGAGAACGAUCGUAAGUCGGCGAAAAUAGUGGUCCGCCGGGGAAACCAGUUUGCGGCUCCUCCGGAGGACGAAUUAUCGCCCCGAGGGCGAUGAUCGGAGCGCAGGAAGCGAUUCGGUACCUCGUACCGAUAGUUCUUUUUAUCGAACACGCGGCCGCAACCGCGCGACCGCACAUCGUGUUCAUUUUGGCGGACGAUUUGGGAUGGAACGACGUUGGAUUUCACGGUUCCGGGCAGAUCCCGACGCCCAACAUCGACGCCCUCGCGUACUCCGGCCUCCUCCUGGACCGAUAUUACGUAAGCCCAAUCUGCACGCCGUCCAGGAGCGCGUUGAUGACUGGCAAGCAUCCCAUUCACACAGGAAUGCAACACGGGGUUUUAAAGUGUGCCGAACCAAGGGGGCUUCCUCUUCGGGAGAAGCUUCUGCCAGAGUAUCUAAGAAGCCUCGGCUACAAGACGCACAUCGUCGGGAAAUGGCAUCUGGGCUUCUACACGAAGGAGUACACGCCGACUUACAGAGGAUUCGACUCCCAUCUUGGUUUCUGGAGCGGUCAUCACGACUACUUCGAUCACAGUGCCGUCGAAGAUCCUUACUGGGGUCUGGACAUGAGGAGGAACCUUUAUCCAGCUUGGGACCUUCACGGCCAAUAUACUACCGACGUCAUCACGAGAGAAGCGGUGAAAUUAAUCGGUGACCACAAUGCCAGCCAACCUAUGUUCCUCUACAUAGCCCACGCGGCUGUCCACUCUGGAAAUGCCUACAAUCCUCUUCCAGCCCCGGAUCACAACGUCGCCAGGUUCAACGACAUCCAGGAUUACGAUAGAAGACGCUUCGCUGGUAUGCUGAGCAAGCUGGACGAGUCGGUUGGCAGCGUCGUCGAGGCGUUGCACGCAAAUGGGAUGCUAAAGAACAGCAUAAUAGUGUUCUCCACCGACAAUGGCGGCCCCCCGGCUGGGUUCAAUUUGAACGCCGCGUCCAACUGGCCGCUCAGGGGCACGAAAAACACCCUCUGGGAAGGUGGCGUUAGGGGAGCCGGCCUGCUAUGGUCCCCCAAACUUAGGCGGCCUGGCAGGGUCAGCAGACAAUUGUUUCACAUCAGCGAUUGGCUGCCGACGCUGCUCAUCGCCGCUGGCGGGAAUUCGUCGAAUUUGAACAUCGACGGCAUGGAUUUAUGGGACUCCUUGAACGGAGACCUCGAGUCCCCGCGUACGAGCGUUCUCCACAACAUAGACGACAUCUUCGGCGUGUCGGGGGUCACGGUGGGCGACUGGAAACUCGUUCAAGGAACGACUUAUAACGGACAAUGGGACGGAUGGUACGGCCCAUCCGGAAGAGAGCAGGUCUACAACGUGGGGGGCGUGAUCGGGAGCGCGGCUGGUCGAGCAGUGGCCAGCGUGGGCCUCGAUCUGUCCGCUGAUACCGUUAGAAAGCUUCAAGCAGAGGCCACGGUCAUCUGCCACCCCAAAAACGAGACUCUGCUUCCAUGCAAGCCUCUGGAAGCUCCCUGUCUCUUCAACGUCCGCUUCGAUCCUUGCGAGUACAACAAUCUCGCCAACGAGUACCCAACCAUCGUCAACUCUCUGAAGCAAGAGCUGAGGAAAUUGAACGCCACCGCGGUACCGCCUGGGAACAUGUCUUGGGACAAGAGAGCGAAUCCAGACCUCUGGGACCACGUGUGGACCAACUUCGGCGACUAUCUCAACGAGUUGACAGAAACGGUGUAAAGAAAU